AUGGGAAACAGAGACAUUGAAGAAAAAGAGGGGACACUUGAACAGCGCAGGAGCAAAGAAGCAACUGAGCAUGGCUGGAGCAAAGAGAUGCCUGAGCAAGGGCAGAGGGGAGACACAGGAGGAGGUACUCCUCUGAGGGGACCACAGCCCAUAGAGGAGCCCACACCCGAGCAGCUGAUAACACUGUGCAUUGGUGACUUAGUAUUCAACAGGAAACUGGCCUUUGUUUUGGAGUUACGCCUUUACCAUCCAAAUGGCAUCUCGCCAUCGCUGACCCAGGAGACUCGAGAGGGGCUCUGUCAUGCCUUAACGGAAUUCCCGAAGAAGGAAUUUGGUGCUGAUGGAGAGCAGAAAUGGAAAGAGGAAAGAAAGAAAGAACAGGCUGAUAAAGAAUUUGUGUGGUCUCUGUGGAAACGUCUCCAAGUGUCAAGUCCAGAUCUUACUGAAGUUGUCAGCUUGGUUGUGGAAAGAGAAAAGCAGAAAGCUGAAGUCAAGGACAGAAGGGUUUUAGAGAUUUUGCAAGCCAAAGACAGCAAAAUAGAAACCCUAGAACAGAGACUCACAGGACAGCAGCAGGAGAUAAACAACUUAAUACAGAAAAAAAUUGCUGUGGAUGAGGAAAAUGCCCAUUUGAAGAAUGAAUUCAGUAACUUGGACCAGAAAUUUAAAGAUAAAAGCCAAGAACUUAAGGACACUGAGGAGUGUGCACAGAAUAAGGAAGAGCAAAACAGACUGGUUAUAAAAAACCCGGAGGAGGAAAAUAAGGGAUUAAAUACAUGCUGUGCUGACCUGCUAAAUGACCUGGAGAAACUGAGGAAGCAGGAGGCACAAUGGAAAACAGAAAAAUCUGGCAAUGAUGCCAGGAUAAAGAAUUUGGAAACUGAUUUAGCAGAGGCAAGAGAACAAAUGAAAGAGUUGCGCAGUAUAUGUGGUGACUUGUCAUCUCAGGUAGCUGUGAAACAAGAAGAACUGUCUCAAAAGGACUGUGAUGUGAUCAGAGCUAGGAAGGAGUUACAGGAGAUGCAGAAUCUUUACAGACAAAACAUUAAACAUACAGCACAGCAGGCUGAGCUGAUAAAGCAGCUUCAGGCUCUCAAUACUGAUACACAAAAAGUACUGAAAGACCAAGAAGAUGCUCACACAGCUGAAGCAACAUCAUAUCAAAAACUUUAUAACGAAUUGACUUUGUGUUUUGAAACUGUUAAAAAAAGUGAAAUUCAACUGCAGCAAAAGUGUGCCUCUCUUCAGGAUCAGUUACUUAGAAAAGAUCAAAAGAUUUGUCAGUUACAAGGGCAACUUCAGGAGGCUCAUGAUGCUUUAAAUGCAUUACAUCAGAAUUCUUCUCCAAAAUGUGAAGUACAGGAACCACCUGUGAAACGUUCAAGGUCUCUGUCCCCAAAGAGCUCUUUUAGAGAGUCAGAGGAGACUCAAGAAACUGAUGAGCUAAGAGCAGCCCAUGAAAAAUGCAAAGAGAGGCUGCAGAUGUUACAGACCAACUACAGAGCACUAAAAGAGCAAUUAAAGCAGUGGGAAGAGGGCGAUAGCAGGGUUGAAAGUAGUAAAACCAGAUACCUGCAUGCAGACCCCCAUCAGCUUUGUCAAGAGGAUUCUGAUGCUGUGUGGAAUGAACUGGCUUUUUUCAAAAGGGAACACAAAAAGCUGUUGAUUGAAAAACUGAAUCUUGAAGAAGAACUGGAUCAGAUGAAAGUACACCAAUCUGUGGAACCACUUUUUAAACUUAGUGAAGAUGAUGGGGUCAAGAACAGUACUCCAGAGAGGAAUAUGAAAGAAGUUUCACGUCAGAUGUUACAGAAGGUACAACAACUAGAAAGAAGAUUCAAAGCUAUUGAAGGGGAAUUAAAGAAACAGAAAGAAGUAAAUAAAGACUUACUGAAGGAGAAAAAUUAUUUGAAAGCAUCUUUAAAAGUGCAAAAGGAGGAUACAGACACAAGAGAAAGAGAGCUGGAAACGCUACUUACGAGGAUUUGUGAAAUAAAAAAAGACAAAGCAGAACUUCAGUUAGUGAUUGAUGAGCAGGAAAAAGAAGCUGCCUCUUUGAAGAGGCAAGUGGCAGAAGCUAACAGGUUGAAAAAUGAAAAUGAAGAUUUGCUGAGUCAAUUGCAGGAGCUGAAGUGUUUGCUGGAUGAAGCCAAAGCAGUGGCAACCUCUGGGCAAUGUAAUUGCAAGAUAACAGGCACCAAGGUUAAAUUAAAAACAGCUAAGAAAAAGAGCUCCUUGGGACAUCAUGGAGCUUUUCUCAAACAGUCCAUCAAGGUUAUGAGUAAUGUAUUUGAGAACUUCAGUAAGGACGGCUGGGAGGAUGUGAGUGAAAGCAGUGACUCUGAAAUACCAACUUCUGAAAGUUUGGAAACAGUGAUUAUGAAGACAGUGCAAAACAUUGAUCCACUGCCAGAGAGAAGUAAACAACAGGGAAAAAAGCAAAUACAAGAUAGUCAAAAGCCCUGCAACAUUAUUCAUUUAGAAGGCAAAACCCAGCAGUAUAAUAAAAAGGGCCAUUCACAGAAUAAAGAAAAGUUACAUUCCAAGAGGAGGAAGAUCUGCUGUCUCAUAACAUCUUAUCCAUCAAUUCUAAGCAAAGUGAACAGAACAAAAAAGAGGAAUAUCAUUGUCCAGAAACCGGGCUGCUCUGUUACUCUACUGCAGGAAAGAAUUAAGUCAUUGCAGCAGCAGAUAGCUGUUUUACAGAAUGAAAAAAAGACAGCAGUGUCUUCUGUGAAGGGAUUUAAAGAAACCAAUGAAAAACUAACAACUCAGCUACAUUUGGCUGAUCAGAGACUUCAAACUAGUAAACUGACCAUAGAGGUGUUGACCUCCAACCUGGCCAAGUGGCAACAGGAGAAGGAAGAUUUACAAGGAAAAUUGAAGUUGAGAGAACAUCUGUCUCGAACUGCUGGCAAGAGUGAAGCCACACCAGCUCCUUCAAAGAACAUUGAUUUAGAGAUGAAACAGCUGCAGUGGAAACUAAAGAAUUCGAAUAAUGAAAUCACUAAGCAAUCAACCACCAUUAAGUCACUAAAAAACGAAGUCCAGGAAAAAGAAGAACGGAUUCGGGAACUACAAGCAAAGAUUUCUCGAUUGGAGAGGGACCUUAAUAUGAAAAGACAUUUGAUAGAAGACUUAAGGUCUCGUCUAAAAGCAAAUCAAGAAAAUGAGAAAACCUCUAAUGAAACAUUAGAAAGUCUUGAGAGAAAGGUAAAGGCACUGGCUGGAGACUGUUCAAACAAAAAAACUUCCAUCGACUCGCUGAAACAAAGACUUAAUGUAGCUACAAAAGAGAAGUCUCAGUAUGAGCAGAUGUAUCACAAGGCUAAAGAUGAGUUGGAGAAAAAGGAUCUCAAGCUUACCAAUCUAGAGAGCAAAAUGAUUGAGACUGAAUGUGCCAUGACUGAACUUGAGACUACUGCAUCUCAACAACUACAUGGCUUGGCUAAACAGAGUGGGCAGGCUUUGGAAACUGUACAGAAGAAGCUGCUGCUCACCAAUGACAAAGUCGAAGAGUUCAUGACAUUUGUGAAGGCUUUAACCAGAGAGUUACAGCACAGCGUACAAGAAUUGAGAACAAAAAUCAAACAGGCAAAAAAAAUGGGAGAAGUGAGAGCAUGCAAGAAGGGUCUUUCCCAAGAGUCUGUUCAGCUGGCAGCGUCUAUCCUUAAUGUUUCAACAACCGAUCUUGAGGAGAUAUUAGAAGUAGAAGAUGAUGAGGAAACAGCGAAGGCGAAAAUGGAAUUUGAAAAAGAUAAAGAGUGGCUGCAGUAUAUACAGCGACUUCUUGAAGCACAGUUUCCUUUUGCCUCAUACUUAAUGGAUGCCAUACUGGAAAAAUUAAAUGAAAAGAAGAAACUGGUAGAAGAGUAUAGUUCUCUGAUGAAACACACUGUAUGA